GAAAGAGGAGGCGGAGAAAGAGCCAUCUGCCCGCGGCUGCCCCCGCGCUGCAGGUCUCGGGGUGGUCAGCUCUUUCUUUCCCGGCGAGAGGCGGGAAGGCCGGGGUCUGUUCCUUGCCCCUGCUCAGGAGGCAGCCUCUUGGCCAGAGGUAACGACCCACAUCCCCAGGAGGUGUGUGUGACUGAAGGGAGUCGAGCCGCCGCCUGACCUGGACACAGAUUUGGCUGUGCUGUUUGUGGUGCAAGAUGGUAACUGCCAAGGUGUGGGUUAUGAAGAAGCAUUUUGAGGGUUUCCCCAAAACCAGUGACUUUGACCUGAAAAAGAUAGAGCUGCCAAAACUAAAAGAUGGUGAGUUGCUGCUUGAAUCAGUGUUUCUCAGUGUUGACCCUUACAUGAGACCUUACAGUAAAAGGGACAUGAAGGAAGGGGACAUAAUGAUAGGCACGCAGGUUGCCAGGAUUAUAGAAAGCAAGAAUCCUGCUUUCACUGAGGGAACCUUUGUCGUGGGUAACAGUGGCUGGAGAACUCAUUUCAUCUCUGAUGGGAAAGACCUACAGCUCCUUCCUUCCAGCUGGCCAGAAUCACUGCCCAGAUCUCUGGCUCUUGGGACAGUUGGCAUGCCAGGUCUCACGGCGUAUUUUGGUCUGCGAGAGGUCUGCAAGGUGAAGCCAGGAGAUACGGUGCUGAUUAAUGCUGCAGCUGGUGCUGUGGGCUCUGUGGUGGGGCAGCUCGCUAAAAUUGGGGGUUGCAAAGUGGUUGGCUCUGCUGGUUCAGAUGACAAGGUUGCCUAUCUGAAAAAGAUAGGCUUUGAUGAAGCCUUUAAUUACAAGACUGUUUUGUCUCUGGAUGAAGCACUGCGUAAAGCCUCCCCUGAUGGCUAUGACUGUUACUUUGACAAUGUGGGUGGAGAAUUUACCAGUGUUGCUAUCAACCAGAUGAAGAAAUAUGGCAGGAUUGCAGUCUGUGGAGCCAUCUCUCAGUACAAUGACUCUGUGCCUCAGAAAGGGCCUUACCUGCAAUUUCCAUUGCUCUUCAAAGAGCUUCGCAUGGAGGGUUUUAUUGUGACCCGCUGGAAUCACCGUCGGGAGGAGGGUCUGAAGGCACUACUGAAGUGGGUUGUGGAGGGAAAAAUUAAGUUCCAUGAACAAGUCACUGAAGGAUUUGAGAACAUGCCAAAGGCUUUCAUUGGAAUGUUAAAAGGAGAAAACAUUGGAAAAGCCAUUGUAAAAGUAUGAAGGUCACACAUUCCGGUGAGGCUGGCACAGGAGGAUAAUUCUCUUAAGUGCUUUUAACACACUGAUCAACAGUUUGUAUGAGUCUUUUGCUGGAUAAACAAUGCUGAUCAUUUCUUUUAAUCACUGGGAUAACAAUUGUAUGCCAGUUGCUUUGCUGUUGAAGAACUUGCAAGUUGCUUCCCAAAGCCACACAAAAAAAAAGCACCUUAAAACUGCUGAACUUAAUCACUAUCGUAACAGAUUUAAUAGUAGCUUGACCCUUUCUACAAGUUGGCUUACAGAAAGGAGGAGCCAUUCCAAAAGCCUUGCAGGCUAAUGGCACAUCUGACAGCUGUUUGUUUACUCAUUGAUUCAGCACAGAACUCAGCCAGCAGGAUUUUGUUUUAACCAUCAAGUUGCAAAGAAGGGGCUAACAACACCUGGGGCUUCCCAGCUUUCCCACUGGCUGACUUUGAGGGUUUUUUUGCAUUCAUUGGGAAAUGUAGAUAUAUCAGUUAUUCUGAGAUUACAGAAAUAAAACAUUAAUCUGUUAAUGGAUA